UCAGACCUCCCCCCCCCCCCCGCUUACAUUCGUCAUGGCCCUUCCCUGGUGACAGCUGUGUGUCCAGUACAUUGGGCCAAACACUUAUCUGUUGCAUCACCAUUACACACCCAAAUACCCCUUAGGUGCAGCUGCAGGCGAGUACAUAUUGGUGAGAGUCUUUGUUUCGAAGGGAAAAAAAAGACCAUUGAGAAGGGUUGUAAUUACUGCCCUCACAAUAGCCAGCUACAGUGCUGAUGAUACAGUGGUGCGAGGGAAGGGGGUGUAAGUGCAAUAUGCUGUCGCACAGGCCAUGGCGAAUCACACCAGAGGCUGAGAAGAUGGUCAAGUUGACAUGCUCACGUCAGAGCAGGGACUGGUAAAAAAAAAAAAAAAGAAUUAUUCGAGAGAGCCUGGAGACAUACAGUGUUCACUGCCGGGUGUGAAAGCACAUUCGGUCUGCAUUUUGCAUCCCAUUAUUAUGAGUGGUCUUGUCCUGGCACUUGUCUUUUUCCUAUUUUUGCAUUCCCUGAUGUAACACCAGCAUUGAGAUGAGUGAAAAUUUGAAUUCCAAUAUUUUUCUGCAGGGGAAGAAGACCUAGAUUGUCUAUGCAGUCAUGACCCCUUGGAAAGAAAGAAAUAACCUCCCUUUAAAAGUACAUUCCUGUGUGUCUUAUGAAAGGAGGCAGAUGGUAACUCUUCUACAUAUCUGUGCAAAUCAGAUGGAUAUGCAUACUUAUGCAUUAUCUCAAUCAAAACACAAACUGACACGCUAUCCAAAUUCUUAAAAAUGUCUGUUUCAUACAUGUGUAUAUGUUGUUUUAAAUAGCGUUUUUUCUCUCUCUUUGCUGUAUAGGGCAACGUGUGUGUUCCAUUUCAGGGGUUUGGCUACUUUAUGAAUGAAUUUGUACCAAUAGUGUGGCCCUUAAUAAAUGUAUGAUGAAAUAUGUUUAAUUACUAUUUUGUUCAUGGUGAUGUGCAGUCAUUAAGGAGAAUUACGGUAGAAUGUAAUUGCCAAUAUGAAGUUUGUAGACUACAACUCUAUCCAGUGAAUUCCCAUUAGCCUAAUUUAUUCUUGUGACGAAGUCAGCAGGCGAACUUCACGUGAGAUGACACAACAUGAGAAUUCAGCAGGUGCAACAGGUACACUCACUCGCAAGGAUAGUUUUCGCCACGCGUUUUGUCUUAAAUACGAUUCUUAUCGUCCGUCAUGUUAGUACGCCUAGACAGUGCCGCGACUGUCAGCAGUUGGGUUUCAGUUACGCAUUUAAGUGCUACGCGUUCGGGUUGCUGCACUGAAUCGCACGGAAAUUAACAUGGGUCAGACCAGCAACUGAGAACCUAUUUUAGAACAACAAGGUUAAGGAUAACAGUACAGGAUUUCUCCUCACAUUCAGACAUUUUGGUAUUCUGAUGCGUGCGUUUUUUUUUCUUCAAAAAUGUGUUUUUUUAUCGAGUGGUACGCCUAUGUGAGCGAUGGUGUGACAAUCUAACUUGGGAAGACGAUCAGUAAUGUCUUCAGUUAAUAAACCAAGAUGACCACUAUGGGAUCCUAUAUGAAUGACCAUAACGCGAGCUGGAACUUCACUUCAGGUUACUCUACAGCAGACGGACGCGAGAAUGCUACUGCGCUCUCGGGAUACAUUUUGGUGAUCCUGGCUAUCUUAAUGGUAACUCUUAUAGUUGUAGUGGUGGGUGGCAAUGCACUCGUUAUACUUGCUUUUAUUGUGGAUAAGAGUCUUAGAAAUCAAAGCAAUUUCUUCUUUUUGAACCUGGCCAUCUCUGAUUUCCUUGUUGGGGCGUUCUGCAUUCCUGUGUACAUCCCAUACAUCCUUACUGGGCAAUGGAUGCUUGGCCGUGGGCUGUGCAAGCUGUGGCUGGUGAUGGAUUAUCUCCUCUGCACAGCCUCCGUCUUCAACAUCGUCCUCAUUAGCUAUGAUCGCUUCCUAUCUGUCACCAGAGCAGUGCGAUAUAGAGCUCAGCAGGGCAUGACCAAUCAGGCGGUGGGGAAGAUGCUGAUGGUUUGGUUGCUGGCCUUCCUCCUGUACGGCCCUGCCAUCAUCUUUUGGGAGCUGGUGGCAGGCAAGAGUAUCGUUCCAGCGGACCAGUGCUUUGCCGAGUUCUACUGCACCUGGUACUUUCUGCUCAGUGCGUCCACCUUUGAGUUCUUCACGCCCCUGGUGUCAGUGGCCUUCUUCAACUUCAGCAUCUACCUAAACAUCCACCGCAGGGAGAAGAACAGGGGCAGGGCCUCCCACAAGGGGAGAGGGGAGCUGGACGAGGAGCGCAGGUGGAGGGACUUUGGUGGGGGGUCGUCGGCCGUGUUCUUCAUCAAAACGCGCAAAGUGUCGUCCAGUGAGCCGGCGGCCGUCUCCGCGGUGAUCGAGGAGGACGAGGAGAUGACGCCGCCGUCCAGCGGCGAGCCUAGCAGCAUCCAGUCAGUGAGCUUCUCCAUGAGGAAGACGAGAGGCAAGAGGAAAAUCACCGGGGGGUGGACACUUGCCUGCUCGGGCCCUGCACAGAGUCAUUCUGCCUCCUCUGGUGCCCCUUCCAGGGGUGGGGGACAAUCGCGACUGUCGCGCGACAAAAAAAUUGCCAAGUCGCUGGCGGUGAUUGUGUGCGUUUUUGCCGUGUGCUGGGCCCCCUACACGCUACUCAUGAUCAUCCGCGCGGCCUGCAGUGGCACCUGCGUGGAGCAGCACUGGUACGAGGUGACCUUCUGGCUCCUGUGGAUUAACUCUGCCAUCAACCCCUUCCUGUACCCGCUGUGCCACAGCAGCUUCCGCAGAGCCUUCGCCAAGAUACUCUGCCCCAAGCGCCAGUCUGUCCGGCCACAUGCGGUCAUCCAUUCCAGCCAAUGACACUCAUUUUUACUUAUAACAUUUUCAAGACGUUAUUGCAAAACAUCCUUUCUGAGUAUCCUAGGAGGGCUCAGAUUGUAUUUUUGUUUUCAGAGAUUGAUGUGCUGUUGUUUGAUCUGACUUCUUACUGGGAGCCCUUUUAUGAAUGUUUCACUUGAAGGCUUCAAAAGGCUACAAAAUGAAAACGACACAACAACAACGACAAAGAACCCCGUGAGACGGGAGUAAUGAAUACCUGAUAUCUGAAUACAAGUUGAAUACACCCAGUUUGUCAAAAUUGUCAAAACUAAGAAUGCAGUGACUAUAAUAACGUUCAAUGGAUGAUCAGUAUCUGUCUAUGAGGUAUCAUCUUGGCUACUGGUAUUUGGGCAUCAAUGAUCAUCAACGUGAUUUUUACCAUUGUAAUAACAUUGGUGCUGGACCAUUAGAAAGCUAUUUCACUAUUUUCCCUUCCAGUCCUCGGUCAGUUGGCAGCACAACAUACUGUAUAAUGACAAUGAAUCACGGUCCUUUCAGCAUGGACUAAUGGCGUGACAAGAAAAACAAAGGCAAGCUGUUAUGGCAUUCAUGAAAAUCAUAUGAAGCGUUUCCAUAGUGAGUGCAUCAUGAUUUACAAAAUAAAUCAUCUUUCACAAUGACAACUACUUAGUGUAAAACAUAGACCUAGACUGAGCAUUCUCAAAAAGACAUAGUUUUACAGAGGAAUGCUAUAGCUGGUAUAUCAUUUAUGUUUGUGAAACAAAAGUCAUGAUGGAUAUUUUUACGUACUGUUUAUAUGUUUAUGGAGUCAACGUGAGAAAAAAUAAUAAAUAUACUGAACAGUGAA